UCACAAUCUCCCUCGACUCCCACAAGCCCAACAUACCACACGAUGAGCGACAGACCAUUCUCAUUGCAGCCGCGGCCCACGCCGCAGCGUGGGCCGCAGAAUAUCGUCGAUUUCAUCCGGCGAGUAAAUGCCGAGCCCGGCGGGUUUCGAAGCCUAGACUCGGCCGAUCUGCGAAGGCAAAUCGAGCGCCAGUCGAGCGGUGCCGACCGCGAUGACGAAGAUGUUGACAUGGCGGGUGCUACCUCCGAGGCGGAUAGCGACGUCGCCGAGACGAAGGAUGUUGCCGCCGCGCGAGACGAGGUCCUAAAGGCCAUCCACAUGACGCACCAGACGUCCAUGUUCGCCCUCGACUUCGUCUCCCUUCUGCUCUCCAAGGAGAAUCCUGCACAGGCCGUCACCACUUUCAGUCACGGUCUGCGCGAACUGGUCGGCGUCGGCACCCUCGGUGCGACAAUGCUCGAAGCACCCACACCUCUUACCCUGAAUAGAGUCCCCGACAACAAGAUGGUGGCGAUUGGAAAACGUCUGAUCGACCUCAACAAGGCUGCGGACACUGCUCUUGCCGCCUCGAAGAGACUGCAGCAAGAGAUUGGCUCUGAGACCAGGUACUGGUCUGAGGUGCUGGCAGUAAGCAAGGAUGGAUGGCGGACUUUCCGGCUGCCUCAUGAGACCCACACCAUGGGAGUCAAGUUUGGGUUUACGAACACUGCCCCGGAAUUCAAGAUCAACAGCAUCGCGCCCAUGAGGAGAGCAGAGAAUGGAUCGGUUCAGCUGGAACAUGGGAAAAUGGGCAGCGGCUCUAAGCGUCUCCAAGUCAGCAUUCUGGAGAAUGGUGUCGUCGUCGGCAGGUCAACACUACCACGGCCCUUGCCCGGAGACGCCCCGCUACAGGAUCGUGUGAAGGAGGCACGAGAUACCAUAUUUGCCCAGGAGCUAUGGCAUGAAAUCAACAGGGAGGGCCGCACAUUACUUAGCCGAAAUCUCCGUUUGGAUAAGAAUGCCGUGGCCUACACCUUGGACGCCACAAGAACAAUUUCCAUACGGCUGGCAUCUCUAGAUGACACUGAUGAAGCGCAAGUUGAGCAGCUAGGGCCCCAAGAUGCAAUAGCAGAGUCGCUAUACAUCACCCUGUGUUUGCUCCUCAGCGCCGCCCAUAGGUUGAACGAACAUAGACGGUCGGAACCCAGCGCAAGUAGAGGACCUCCUCCAGCAUAUUCCCUUCUCACACCCAUCAUCUCUUAUUUGGAGUACGACAAGAGCGUUGAGCAGUUUGUGCGCUUCCUAACCUCCUUCACCAAUGUUCUCCGCUCCGCCGGCCUAAGCUCUUCCAUCACCAUGAAAGAGCCACCCCUCGGCACACCACCCGGAGUACCAGCCUCAACAGCCCUGGUUGCCGUCCUGCUUAGGCCACCAGCAGUCCAAUUCGAUCUGACAAUCACCCCAACCUCCCGUCUGAGAAUAAUGGUCAGACCUUCCCAGCUCUAUGGCGCCCAAUUCGCCGUCCAUUGCCUUCCCCCUUCACUCCCCGGAUCUCAAAACCCGCUCACGAGCAUAUGCCCGUCCGGCGUAGAAGAAUUUGACCGCCUUACGGAGCUCUCCUGGUACCUCUACCGCGCUGUGUCCCGCGCGCUGACUGCGCAUUACUACGCGGCGGCAGCCCCGACCGAGCAGCCGCCCAGCGACGUCAAUAACGACGAGCAGCGCCCAAGAACAGGCUGGGGUGUUGACACGAGCCACGCCGGGCUGGUUGACUAUUACAGCGGCGAAUAUAAGCUCAACUUUGAUUUUUCUGCGGAUCCGGCCACCGGCCGUCCAGAGCUCCGUGUUGCGGCGAACUAUCCGGAGGUGGGCAGGACGGUACAGCGGAAGUGGACAUGGCCCGGAGAAGGCAACUUGGACGAGAUCGUUAGACAUGUGCUCUCAUCAACCGGCGUGCCGAGCACUUGAUCGGUGAAUGAUACACAUGCCCUGCACUUGAAUGGCCGCCUGGGAGAUAUCGAUACGCUGGCGCCAAGUGUCAUAGAUACCCUGUGGCCCCGCGAGGCCGCAUAGUAGUGGGAUAAAGAAUGCAGUCGGCACUUCGAAAGGUGAUGAUGUUGAUGGAGCGGAGGGGGCGCUGCACACCGGCACUGCAUCCUCACACCGCCGUGAAACGCGGCGAGGGUCGCAAGAGGCUCAGCAAGCCUGCCACAGCAGAAGCGGACGAGACCCCCAUCGGAAACAGCGGCGUGGCCCGAACGACACAGGACUAAGCACCAUCCCGGCACAGUCCACCUACCCACGUUUUAGGGCCAAAGAGCAACACAAGUAGAUAAACAGCGGUCAAAUCAAACGUAGGGCUCGUUUCCCAAACACAAUCA